GACAGCUCACGGGAGAGGGUUAUAGUUCUUCAUGUCAAUGUGUUAUAUUGUCACCUAAGUCAUUGACAGUCAAUCUUCAUGGUCACCUGUAGAAAAAUUUACGGCUUCCGGUGACAGCAGUGUUUUCUCUAACCAUGUCUUUUAUUCCACAUGCUCUGUCACUUAUCUUUGUGAUGUCUUGAAAAUUAUCAUCUUGAUGGCUGACAAAUUUUUGAAAAAACUGUCACAAUGUCAAGUAACAAUGUUGUACUCGGAAGAGGUAGUGGGAGCCGAAUUGGACCAGGAGGUACUCCUAUUGCACAGAAGCGUCUCAACACCUCAAAAAAUGUUCUCCUCAAAGUGGUUAUUCUAGGGAAUGGAGGAGUGGGCAAGUCCUGUCUCAUGAACCGCUUUGUAUCUAACCACUUUGAUCAACAUUCUUUUCACACUAUUGGAGUUGAAUUCUUAAACAAGGAUUUGGAAAUUAAUGGCGAGACCUACACACUGCAGAUUUGGGAUACAGCAGGACAAGAGCGUUUCAAGAGUUUGCGGACACCAUUUUAUAGAGGAUCAGAUGUCUGUCUAUUGACAUAUGCUGUGAAUGACAAAAACAGCUUUAAGGAUGUAUCCAUGUGGUGCAAAGAAUUUCUAACAUAUGCAGAUGUGAAGGAAGGAGCUACAUUCCCCUUCAUCCUUGUUGGAAACAAGGCCGAUAUUGCUGAGGAAGACAGGCAAGUAUCAAAAGAAGAAGCUCAGGUUUGGUGCAAGGAAAAUGGAAAUCCUUCUUUCAUCGAGACAAGUGCAAAAGAUGCCACCAAUGUGGAGUUGGCCUUCCGAAUGGCAGUUGAACGGUGGACAAAGUUCGAGGAGAAAAUGGAUCGGCACUACGAGACCGAAGUUGUUGAUCUCCGCUCUGUUAAACCACCUGAAAGAGUAUCUUGCUGUUUCAGUGCAAAUCCAGCAUUAAGUGAGGAAUGACACUGCCUUUUGUGUCAUGGUUAUCAAUAUUGUUUGUGAUCGAAAAGGCACAUAGCUCUGUCUGCAUUGGGUGCUUUUGAAAUGACUUGUGUGUUAAAAGUAUUAUUGCUAUGAAAAAAUAACCACAUAAAGUAGAAUAAGCUUGCAUACCUUUUUUUCAGUUGGUAUUAUUGUUGUCAUAAUCGAAUUUCAGGUGGUUAAUUGAUCAUUCAUUACAUAUUUAAUGUAACUGGUGGAGGUUUAUAUAUUGUUGCACUCACUUGCAUAUCAAGCUCAAUACAUUCUAAUGUAUUUGUCUUUCUCCAAAGUUUCAUCAGUCUGUGAUAAUAGUUACCUUGUGCUUUUUGCAAGGCAAAGCAUUUCAUUAGAAUUCAUUAGAAGCAUUGUACUUGAGGAAAAGUAUGCAUAACAUUUUUAUAUUCAGAUUUUAUGUAUUUGUUUGUUUUGUUGCACAGUUGAUAAUGGUUCAUACUCUAUGCAGUGUUGUGGUGUCAGCCAGUGAAUUGGUGAGCCAAGAAACCCAUUUACCAGUUUUUUCUUUUCCAUGAAACCAAAGAGCACGGCUUCGCCUAGCUUGCCUCAGGCAUUGAUGCUCUGUUGUUUUCUCGAAUAUCUUGUCUCCUUCCACAAUGAGAGGAGUGCAAAGGAUGGUAACAAUCUUCAUUCAGUAUGUUGCUGUUCGGUGUCUUGUUUUUCAAACACUUCCUGUUUUUAUUACAGAAUUCUUAAAAAUUCUCCAUUCCUCUCAAUUGUGAUCAUUCAUUCAUUUGUGUAUCUCAAAACCUGUAAAAGUAACUUUUUUGAAAUUAUUUUUUCUUGUGAGACUGUGUUAUUUUAUCCAUUUGUGGUUGGAAAAUUUCAAUUUGAUAUCUAAGGAAUACUUCCUCAGAGGAUUUUUUAAAACCUUGUGACAGCACUAACACCAAUAAACUUCAUAAUAAUUGAAAUUUCAAAAUAGUAUUUUUCUGCUCUUAUUUGUUUGGCAGUUUAAUAUUGUGUCAAAUUUUUUUGUGUUUAAUAGUGCCUUUUGUUGAGCCACUAGCUUGCUACCUAGGCAUAUAAAUGUGAACUGAAUUGGCAUUGCACAAUUUUUGAACGUUGUAUAUUUUUUAUUUAAUUUUUCAUAUUGCAGUUUUGCAGUGUGCUAAAAUGUUUUCAAGUAUUCUUUGUUUGCCUAUUUUCAUAUUGGGAGACAUAUAGUUAUAGUUUAUUUGAUAUUCUGGAGUGCUUCAAAGCAUGUUGUCCAUGGAUAUCACACUCUUGUCAAUUUUACCAGGAGGUGCACUUUCUUGCAUUGCUUUAUGAAUUUUGGCUCAAGUACAUAUUCCUAAGUGACUUAAAUUGCGUUACAACUCACUGUACUGAGUUUUCUGCUUCUCUCUAAGAGAGUAAAUUUGGAAUGGUUUGCUCAAUUUCUUAUUGAUAGUGCACAGUAUGAGCAGUGCUUUGUAAUAAUUUAUGUAAAUACCAAAAGAAUCAUCAUCAUACUGUGCUUUCCUUAAUAGACCAGGUAUUGUAGAGCUUAAGAGCAGUUGUGAUAUUCUGUAAGUGUCUAGUCUUUUGGAGCUUUGCCAUUCCCAUUCAUCCAUGGUCUUGAAAGAAAGACUCACUAAAGCACUUUUUUUGUAUGUGUUUACUUUACGUGUUUACUAUAUGCAUUCCAAGCUUUGUUUGAAACCACUCUGGUCAUUUUCCUCUUCACGCUUUAUGAUGUAGACGAAUAUUCGCCAGGUGUCAUUUUUGUAAGGAGAAAUAUUAUUGGUUAAAUAAAAGACAAGGUCCAAAGAGAA